CACUGCCGGAAGAGCGCAUUUAUUGAGCUACUUUGGCCUAGUAAAUGCGACAUUCUCAGCUGGAUAAUUUUCUGAAAGAUUAAAAUGGACACACUAACAGUACUUUGUAUCGUCUCUGUGGCUUUAACAGGUUUAACUGCAGGAUCCGGUGUGUUGCCAAACGGGCCUCUGAUGGCUGCCGUUGGAGGAUCUGUGAGGUUCAACACCACAGUGACCCCCACAGCACAACCAUUCCCAGUGGUGACUUGGACAUUAAUCAAAGAAAGCGAGGAAAUACCCAUCAUAACAGCCAGAACUAAAAACAUAACCGAUUCCCGCUUUGAGGGCAGGAUCACUCUCUUCAUUCAGACUGGGUCUCUUGAGCUCACUCAACUUGCUCUGAAUGACAGCGGAGAAUACAGAGUUCUCAUCAUCACAGAUGACGACAAACAAAUCAGCGGAACUACUUCACUGCAAACACUUGUUCCAGUCUCCAAUGCAACAUUAAAAGUCAAUAGCACAGAGCUUGUGGAGUUUAACAGCACCGUCCGCCUAUCCUGCUCGUCCUUUGGAUCAUUCAUCAAUUUCCAAUGGUUGAAUGGCAGCGCUGUGAUUUCAGCCGGUGACACAGUUCAGCUCACAGACGAUGGCGCUACACUAACUCUCACCCCGGUGACCCGCUAUGACCACGGGUUGUUCAAAUGUCGGGUGUCCAAUGCUAUCAGCGAAGUCACCAGCGAACCAGUGCAUCUUUCUGUCAGCUUUGGCCCAGAUGAUACAUACCUCCAGGUGUCUCCAUUAGAAGAAUACAUCGCAGAAGGGUCAAACAUCAACCUUUCCUGUUUCAGUGCCUCCAGACCGUCGGCUAUUUAUACCUGGUUUUUGGAUGGGAAGGAUCUGUCAAAGUUUGGAUCAAAUCUCUUGCUAAUGAACAUUCAGCAGAGUCAGAGUGGAAACUACAGCUGCCUGGCUUUUAAUGGAAAUACCAUGAGACACAAAAUAUCUCAGCCCUCUUCGGUCAAUGUGCUAAAAAGAAUUUCAAACACUUCCAUCACACCAUCAACCACUCACCCAACAGAAGGAAGAAUGCUGAAUCUUACCUGUGACGCCGCUGGGUCGGUUUUCUUCAGAGAGUGGACUAAGAACGGCUUGGUGCUGGUCCCAGAUGACCACAUAACCCUCCAUGACAAGGAUGCAGUCCUCUCGUUCCACACCGUUAAUAGAUCCGACAGCGCUCCGUAUUCCUGUCGGGUUAGCAACCCCAUUAACACCGAAGAAAUAACAUACAACAUACUUGUUAACUAUGGGCCUGAUUCUGUCCAAAUCAUGGGACCGAGCCAAAUAAAUGUAAAGCAAACAUUAACAUUAACCUGCUCUGCUGAGUCUGUUCCAUUCGCCACUUUUACAUGGACAUCACUGAACCACACAAAAUUAUACAAUUCUUCAACGUUCGUCAAAAGCAACAUUAACUCUUCAGACAGCGGAAGCUACGUCUGUAGUGCAUCGAAUAACAUAACUGGGAAAACCAUAUCUGCAGUCCACAUUUUGACUGUAUUAGAUGAACCAGUAAGUCCAUGUUCAGGUGGUUGCAUCGCUGGCAUCGUUGUGGCGUGUUUUGUUGUGUUUGGAGCAGCUUGUGGUGGAGGUUACUACAUUUAUCAUAACCGAAAACAGUUAAAGAAUCACCCAGGCGAAAAUACCUCUACCAGGUCAGAUUUUGCUGCAGGAGGCAAAGGCCAGGACAACACAGCAGAAAUAAAAAAUCAGGAGAUGAACUACGCACAGCUGGGUCCGUUUUACUCCAAGGAUAGUGGAAAGGUCCAGCUGAAAGUCCAGGAUAACCAUACAGAAUACGCCGAGGUCAGAGUGAGAAACGGGCCUCCUUCUUACGAAGAUCAUGUACAACGAAUGACGAGGCAAGCCCCUCAGCCGCUCGAAGCAAAUGGAGCCCAAGUCAGCGGUCAGGUUCAUAGCAACUAGUAAAGGUGUUGUGAAAGUGGAGCUCAGUCGACAAAAAGGCAUAUGGUCGCUGUUUCUUUUUGGCAUGCUAAUGAGAACUGGUGUUUGCAUUGACAAUGUACAAGUUAAUCAUUAAUUUUUUUACCGAGAGUCAAAGCAGCACAAUGUUGCUUUUAUUAUUUUCAUCCACCGGAUUUGACAUGUCUCCAUACAACAGGUGUGGGCUCAAUAUGACCUGCAGUGUCUUUGAUUAUUUUUCAUACGAUAUAUAUUUCUGGCAACUUUCGGUUUUAUCCUUCUACAUUUCUUGGAUAAAUAUAGAGGGAUUAUUUGUUUACUAACACAAAGGAUGUGCACACAUCAUGGAUGCAGAAAGCACCAGCUCCUUCUAAAGCCUAAUUUACGCUUCUUCGUUGCGGUAAUGACAUGGCGACGGCAUGGAAGCGUCGUCGUCAAUGAGCAUUCGAAGUUCUGCAUCCUGGGAACGCCUUGCUCUGUAAUUCACCACCAAGCCACUAGAGGGGUGUGGCGUUGUGUUUGUAUAGUUUUGGGGGACUCUUGUCGAAUUCCUUUUAGUUUUCUUUCGGUUAGACAACAAUGACAACGAAAUGGACUGCUUGAAUAUGGAUCUUCAGCUCAUCAACAUUGAACAACAACAUGUUGAUCAUACAAAUGUUGAGCCGUAGGCGAAGCAGAAGACUGUACCAGAUGUGGUCUGUCCGGCUGUUGAUGCCGCCCAGAGACUGGCAGUCACAGUACGAAUUCUAGCCUCGGGUAGAAGCCAGCAAGCUGUGGCGGCUAGCUUCACUGGCGUCGAGCACUGUGUCCAGUGUUUUGUCCGAGGUCUGCAAAGCAUUGUGGACAGCCCUCCAGCCCGAUAUUUUGCCGUGUCCUAUAACCAGGCAGUGAGAAGCCAUAGCAGAUUUCUGGCGGCUAUGAAACGUCCCAAACUGCGUUGGAAGCCUUAAUGGUAAGCACAUUAUCGUAAAAGCACCAUGGCACUCGCAAUCAGUGAUGAUGUACGUAUCAGUUGUGUAAACUGUCUGUUGUUAAAAAUUAUACAUAAAAACAACUCUUUUGAUACCAAAGUUGUGCUUUAUUCUACAUCUCCUUGAAGUGUAAAUGUAAAGUAACAGACUCAUAGCAAAAAUAUGUCCAAAAUACAUGGUAAAGUGCACCAACCAAAAAUAAGACGAACUGAUAAAAAGCUGGCUGGGUCACCGCUUAGUGUGGCCAUUCGCUUCCAAACAUGCACAUACUUGUCUCUGAGGUUCUUCCAUUUUGUUAUUGUAGCCCCUAUCUAUAUCCUUCUGUAUGUAUACCGAUAGGAGCUGCAAUCUAGGUUCGGUUUAUUUGGUUUGGAUACGAUAACCACAUCAAACAUCAGGUUUAGGCAAUUGGAAUGCUUUUUUUUGUAUAUUUUUAAUGAACAAUAUAAAAAAAAAACAAUUUUUAACAAUUUAACACACAAUUAACUAUUAAUAACACACUAUAAAAUUACCAACAAGAAAAAUAGAAAAAAAAUAGUCUUGAGUCUCAGUCAAUUGUUUUGUCAAAGUCAAAAUUUGUCCAAUAUUAGUUGCAGUGGCAACUAAUUAAAUGUCUCAGUUUUUUCUAUUUCGAUAGAUUUUUCCCAAAUGUUCGUUGGAGUGCACUCUUUUCGAAGAAAAAAAUGUAUGUAUCAGUCCGAUGAUUGAUACAAUCCUACCGGACUGUUAUUCCAGAAUUAUCGAUGUUCUUGGUUCUUCAAUCACUCUGGGUUAGCUCGCCAUCGUUGAAUCCAAUCUGAUGAUCUUUCUUUUUUUUCCCAAUCAGAAGAAAAAACCUGUAUUUAACACAGGUCUUGGGUUACAAUCUUUUCAGUUUCAAUGUUUCAGUUUCAUUUUUGUUGUACAACUUUUUCAAACAUUACUGAGUGUAAACAUUCAAGAAUAUACUUCUAGUCACUUACAAAGCAUUUUGUAUGCAAUAAAUGACAUUUCCAUAACACAAAAAUGUUAAUUAGGCUCUCAAAAGCAUUUUUUCAUGCAAUACUGUAAGUGGUACAUUUUCCAUAACCAAAAACAGAAAUUACAUUUCUUUUCCUUUCAAAUAGAAAAUAUAUUUUAUACCAUUACAAACAGCAGUAUAUUUUGAUAAAAAUAUCUCACUGAAUAGUCUUAACUGACGACGCCUGGUCCUCUUCCUCUCACACAAGGCUUUUGGCCUGCAUGAUUAAGGCGCUAGCAGUUAGCCAUGAAUGCAAAUUUAGCAUUAGCGAAUUGUUUCCACAUCUUACCGAGUGGUUUCUGCUCAAUAUUUUCACCACGCGACCGUCUGAAUUCUCUUUAAGCAACAGACGCCACACAGCAACAGUUGAUGCAUUCGUCAAUUUGCUUUACUUUCUGGGGCGAACAAAACUUUUCCCCCUCAGUUAGAAAAAGCCAACGUUCCUAAAGGAAGUGCUGCAUGCGCUGACAUCAUAGUUGUGAGUCUCUGACUUCAUUCAAAUGUCGCUCAUGCCCUUUAGUGUUGUUAUUGAGUAUAACAUUUCAAUAUUUUUCUCUGGGCUACAUUAUUAAGUAUAACGCUUCAAUAUUUUUCUCUGGGCUACAUCAUCCAUUCACUGACCUCCAUCCCCAUCUUUUCAGCAAUCUCUUUCCGCAAAUUGCUUGCCAUUUGGCAAUCUUUAGAAAACUUUGACGAAACUUAGUACAGGCGGUCGUACUUGCGGGCCUCUUCGACGAUCCUCUUGUCAGCUUGGUCCAUUUUUGAGUGUCGCGCAAGAAAGUUAGUAAAUGGCGGUGAUUUCGCGCUGAACCGGAAACAACAGUCUGAGCGGACCAAUCACAGUCCAUUUGCGUCAGGUCACCAUGCGUUGACGGGACGUGUAGCUAGGAUUUUGUGGGGGUGCACGUCAGGCUACGGCGUAGAGUCGUAAAUCGGGUCUGCGUUGACGGCGUAGGUCUGCCAUCACCGCAACGCAGAAGCAUAAAUCAGCCUAAUGCGUUAAUACUGCAUCUCUGCUAGCCUUAAUAGUAUAGAAGAAGUGCUUUUUUUCACAAGAUGUCUUUAAACCCUGGAAAUACAGUGGUCUGUAAUAAACGAUAUAGCUUUAGGAUUCUAUGUAAUGUAUGCUAUAGAUGAAUGCAUAGAUCUGGCCAAAGACUGUUACACAUGUUAAAAUGUUUUGAAGAUUUUUAGAUUGUGAAUAUAUGGAUUAAAAGUGCCACAUGAUUUUUUUUUUUUUAUUCCC